AUAUAUACUUUGGUGCAUAGCUCCAACUUCUCAGCAAACUGCCACGGAAAUCAGCUUUUAUUUUGAAGUUCGUGACCGGAAGUAGAGUUAGUGGCGGUUGGUGCUGUCUUGACUCGCUCUCCUCGGUGACACAUCUCCUCUCCGCCGCCUCCUCCGCCUCCUCCUCCUCCUCCUCCGCCGCCGCUCCGCUUCGCCAUUGUGUGUGGAGCUUGGUGAGUGUUGAGGUCGAGGCAGCCGCUGGGACGAUGGCAGAGUAGAAACAAACAAACGGACUAACGGCCCGUCUCUCCUCCAUGUUCUCCUCCUCCUCCUCCUCCUCCUUCACCACCUCCUCCUUGUUCUUCUUGUUCUUCGCCUUCCUCCUGACCGCCCGCCGCUCCGCUCCUGGCCUCACCGACGACACCCAUGCAGCAGAGGAGACCCUGGAUGGGACUAGCUACAUGUGAUUUAUGUUGGGUAACGGGGUGAAGCGGAAACUAGAUGAGGACGAGGAUGGUUUGCAGGAAGACGUGCGUCCUCCGGCAGUCGGCGGCAUGUCACAGGCGUCCUACACCCUGCAGCGCCAGACGGUCCUCAACAUGUCCCUCAUGAAGCUGUACAGUCCGCGGAUGGCGGCCGACCUCGGCCUGCAGCGCCGAGUCCUCAUCAACAACAUCAUCCGUCGUAUCCACGACGACUUCAGGCAGGAAGGAGGUGUCGGCGCGCUCUUCUUCUCCACUGCACCGCCUGUUGCCACUGGUGCCACCGCUGCCGCCGCCUGCGAGGAUGAGAGCUACCGACAACCUCCACCUCCUCCCUCCUCCUUCAGCAUCCUCUCAUCGUCACUGUCGGGACUGACGGCGCUGGACUCCUGCCUGACUCCUGCCUCGCUGCUGGAGGAGGACCUGCCCAUGUUCUUCACCCUGCCGCCCUCGUCCUCCACCCAACACCACCACCUGCACCACUCCCCGAGGCCCCCACCACCCUCACCAUCGCCCAAAGACAGCUUCUCCUCGGCCCUGGAGGAGAUCGAGGAGCUCUGUCCUUCCUCCUUGUCCUCCUCUAGCCCCCCGUCUCCUCCUCCUACUCGUGUUCUCUUUGAUGUUGUCAUGAAGGAGGAGGGACGGAGCUUUCAGGAGGUGGAAAGCAGGUUGGAGAAACCCCCUGCACCUCCUCUCCUUCCUCCUCCUCCUCCUCCUCUUCCUCCCUCACCAUCCUCCACAGGCUCCUUCCUGACUGACUUUGCCUUGGACGACGUCCUCUUCACAGACAUUGACACCUCCAUGUACGAACUCGGGCCUUGCCCGCCUCCGUCGGGAGCGCCACCAUCCAAGAUGGCCCCUGUCGUGAUGGCGGACGACCUCGUCCGGUCGAUGUCCGGGUACGGCUCGGCGGGCGGCGGUGCUCAGAACCAGCCUUUUAAAAUGGACCUGGCCGAGCUGGACCACAUCAUGGAGGUGCUGGUGGGCAGCUGAGCGGACGAGGAGACUUUUUAUGACGUUUUGUACAGUUUUAAAGUUACAACGUGCUUCACACGGGCCUUAUUCUGGAGGAUUGAAGCUGCUGUGUGUAGUUUUAACAUCCAUAAAUUAAAUUUCAGGGCUUGAGCUUGUCACAGAGAGAAAUCUGCUCCUUUAAAUGGACAACACAGGACAGGAGGAGACAGAGCUAAAGGUGAUUUCUUCUUUCUUCUGGUUUAAAUAAACUACACACAGCAUCUUUAAUCACUGAGUUAAGUUAUUGGAAGCACUCUGUCGUGCUACAUGCUGACGAUCCAUCGUGUGAAUAACGUCCUCACAAACAGGAGCUCAGUCUUCGUCUUCCAGCGAACUCAGGUGAACUCCAGGUUCAGUAACACCAAUGUGAAGUACUGUUUACCACCGCUGUCCGAGAAUUGUAAGAAACAAAGUCUCCAGAGACUUUUCUACAGUCUGUGCAUGUUUUUACAAACCAGAAAUCUCAAGAGCAUUUAUGAGAAACAAUUCAGUGCCUUUAUAAACCUCGAAACCACGUCACAUCACGCUGUUGCUCGUCACAAAGCAAUAUGAACGCUGGAGGAAGUUUUAUUCCAAAAAUGCAGUUUAAUAUGAAUUCAUCAUGUAAUAUCUUUAAAAUCUAGAGGAUCCAGCCUGUGUUCUGUCAACUUUUAAAAAAGAAACACAACAUGUGUAAAUGUCGAGCUGUUUAUUUGUUGUUUGUUCUUCUGUUUGUCAACAAAUCCCAUGAAAGACCAAAAGCCAACAAUGUGUUAAUUUAUUAAUGAGAAAAAUAUAUAAUAUCAGACGACUUUUAAAUGUCUUGUUUCAAAUUAAAUGUUCUCUGUUGAGAAACAUCAGUGAAUCGACAAUAAUAUCAGUCACACUGACACACUGAGUGGUUGGUUGGUACAAUUCGUCACUGUUGCUGGGUGAAAUAACGACCUGUAGCUUUAGUAGAAAAUCUCAUCGGUUGAGUUAAAGCUCGAUAAAGAUUGAACUAAGUUAGCAAGAAUAAGUGAGUUAACAUAUCAGUAACUCGAGAACAAAUAUUAAUAAACAUACAUGUUAGGCCUAACUAUAGUUGGCUAUUGGCCUUAUAUGGCUUCAAAGCCAAUGAUUUGUAUUAAACGUUGUGUAACUCUAGUUUCAUUAUGAGUGCUAUAAGUUCAAAGUCAUUAAUGUUUCCUGAACUGAACUGACAUUGUCUUUUUUUAAUAAACUAAUUAAACCUGUGCUAGCAAA